UAAAACGUUGGUCCUCUAAGGGGUCUUGGUUUCUGGCCCACAUCCGGGCACUUUAGCUAAGUUGACGUGUCCUUUUGUAGUGAACCGGUCCGAGAUAUCUCCUGAAACCCCCGCAAAAAGCUGGAUUAAGUACGUUAAACAGGACAGUUCGGUCCAAACAUUCCUGCGGUUUUCAAGUAGUUUGGGAGUUGCUCAGCACCAGUCAAAGAUGGCGGAGGGCGGAUGGGACCCGUGCGAGUGUGUGUGGAACCACUUCCACGCCAUGGACCGACUUCUGGAACUGUUGAGAAAUUCUCAGCAAUACUGCACUGACAAUGAGUGUGUCCAAGAUCCACCUGGUCCUAACGGGACCCCUGAGGGCGAUGCAGGGCUGACCUUGACCAUGAUGAUGAUAGCGUGGGUGGUCAUCGCUCUGGUGCUGUACCUCCUCAGGCCACAGAGUAUGAGGGGACAGGGCGACCAGAAACCCAGCGCUGCCCACGAUGAAAGCGGUCCAGAGCCCCCUUCCCCACCUGUAGACUGAACAGCACACCAAACCGUACCAGGAGCAAAGAGAUAAUCUUCAGGCAGAUUUACCAGUGGUUUAAGAUAGUAUCAAAGCUAUGUAAAGGUGGGGUCACACAUGCGUAUAUAUUUAAGUCUGUUUGAGGUGCGUACAACGCUAUUCCAGGCUCCACAGGUCGCGGGAAAAAUAGCACAAAUUGAACAAAUAUAGAUACAUAACAUGCCAGAUGAGUUAGCUGACCGAGAAUUAUGGUUAGCGACCCAGCUAACUCGUCUGACAUGUUACCUGUUUACGUUUGUCCAAUUUCUAUUAUUUUUCCAACGACCUGUGGGGCCUG